AAUGUUGUUAAAUGUCUGAUAGGCUACGUUCUUACAAAUUGUGGUUGCUAUUUAUGUCAAAUAUUCGAUUUAUCCUUGAAAGUGUAAAAAAUAUUAUUUGUUGACACAAGGGCAGCUACAAAAUAAUGUAACAGUUCUUUUUGGUUAAUAAAUAUCAUCAGUUUGCAAGUGAUCAGUGCUAUAACCUAUAGAUUUGGCCAAGUCUUUAACAUUUCUUAUAAUUACUUGCGGGAUUGUAUUGCACGAAUUUGAUAAAAGUCUUGUUUACAUUCCAUGAAGUGUAUUGUGUUCGGUUCUUGUACCUUUUGAUAUUCGAACAGUGGUUUAACGGAGUUUGCUAUUGCAUUUGAAUAUGUGGAAGUCGGUGGUUUUUUGUAUAAAAUGUGUUUAAAUUUAAUUAAAAAGAUUGUUCAGUGUUAUUGUGGUGUAUGUGUUCGGAUGUUGCCGUAGGAUUGCCAUGUCCAGACUCGUCGAUUACUUCGUUAUAGUGGGUUUUGACCACGAAAAAGAAAGUGGCGGUCUGAGUAGCGGCGUGAUCCUUCAGCGAUUUCCAGAGACAAACUGGGACGAUACACCAUUUCACGACGGCAUCGAAUGGUUUUGCCAGCCGCAAGGAUGGGCUCUUUCGACGGAGAGGUCCGAGCCUCGGUUCUACGUGUCCGUCCUGACGGAUGUGGACGCCAACCGGCAUUACUGCGCGUGUUUGUGCUUCAACGAAACCGUCGCAAUCACACCGACCAAGCCUGCAGACGAGGACGAGGAAUCCCUGGAUUCGUCGAGGACAGUGGCGAACAUCACCCAUCACAGCAUCAUGUACGCGCCCAAGUGCCUCGUCAUCGUCUCCAGGCAGGACUACAUCGACACCUUCAGAAACUGCCUAGGCAUAAUCUAUACGGUGUGGGUAGAAAACCUGGGCGUGCCAUUAGAGACGCUGGUGGGUAACCUCCUGGGUUGCGUGCUGGUGCCGCCCGCCGGCGGGCCACAAGUGCGGUUUAGCAUCGGCGCUGGUGAUCGGCAGGCGUUGCAGCCGCCGGCAGCGCCGCCCAUGCCCGUCACCCAUACGGCUGUACACAUGCUGCUGAGGUUACUAGGUAUCCACAACUCGGUGACUCUUUGGUGCGCGGUGAUGAGUGAGCAUAAGGUGCUGCUGGUGUCGUUGGCAGCGGCCCGGCUGGCGGCCGCUUGCAGAGCACUGGCAGCACUCAUGUUCCCCUUCAGAUAUGCUCACGUGUACAUACCGCUGCUGCCUGCCGGCCUCGCUGAGGUGCUAGCAACGCCGACCCCGUUCCUUAUCGGAGUACACUCGAGUUUGAAGGAGGAGGUAUCAGACUUGUUGGACGUAAUAGUAGCGGAUUUGGACGUCGGCUCGCUACACAUUCCCGGUAGUGUGAACAUCCCCCGACCAGAAGGGAAGCUCCUAUCCUCGCUACAGGAUGCCCUCGCAUUAGUACUCCAGCCGGAGCUACGGUCAGCUGAUUCGGCAUUCGCACCCCCGCCGCCCGCUGCUUCCCCACCGCUUAUGCUGGAUAAGGAAAUCAGAGCUGUGUUCAUGAGGACGUUAGCCAGAUUGCUACAGGGUUACAGGCACUGCUUGACGAUAAUCCGGAUCCACCCGAGUCCGGUGCUGACGUUCCACAAGAUGGGGUUCCUUGGUGGGCGCGGACUGUCGCAGUGCCCGUUCGCAGUACGACUUCUGGACUCCAUGUUCUUCAACGGGCUGGUGGCAGAGCGCGGCCCGCCCUGGAGGCCCACCGAUAUCUGGGACGAGCUCGUGCAAAACUUACCAGAACAACUUCGAUUGGAGUCAUUAAAUCCUGAGUUAGAAUUAGUGCAUAUACAGGAUUUAGCAAUGCAGCUACAACUCAACGAGAACCCUAAUCCACAGGCCCCGCCGCAGCGCGUGCUGCGCCCCCCGGCGGGCGCGUCGGGCCGCAUCCACCAGCCGCCGCUGCCGGCGCUGGACGCCGCGCGCGUCGCCGCCGUGCUGCGGGACCUCGCCGCCAGGGGCGCCGCCAGCGCGCCCGCCGCCAAAUUGACUGGUCCUCGCGUACCGCAGCCGCGUAUCGUUCCGCCUGCAGCGCCACCGACCGGCGCGCCCGAUCACUGCCAGCUGCUCGUCACCAACUCUGCUCGACGGCUCGAGGUGCUGCGCGCGUGCGUGGCGGCGACGUUCGAGUGCCGGUACGCGGACGCGCGCAAGUCGUUCCCGGCCGUGCUGCGCGCCCUGCGGGCCCCGGCCGCGCGCGCCGCGCUCGUGCGGGACCUGGCCGCGCGCCUGCCCAGCAACAAGCACCUGCUGCACCACCACCAGUUCGAGCUGCUCGUCAGGUUGAUGAAUUGCGCCUUGCAGUCUACUACGCCCCUUGAUGAGCAUUCAAUAGCAGCGGCUAUGUUGCCAUUAGCCACCGCAUAUUGCAGGAAACUUUGCACCGGAGUCAUACAAUAUGCAUAUAUGUGCAUACAGGAGCAUGCGGUGUGGACAAGCCAGCAAUUCUGGGAGGCAGCAUUUUAUCAAGAUGUACAGAGAGAUAUCAAGGCGUUGUACCUGCCGAGUCCUACACAUCAUCAGAGGGUGCCUAGUCCCAGAGACGAUGAAGAAUACAUAUCAUUACUGAAGGCGCAAGAGCCCAGCGCGUUGGAAAUUGCCGCCGAGCAAAUGAGAUUAUGGCCCAGUCUAGUUCCAGAGAAGCAACGGGAGUUAAUAGCCAGCGAAGAGUCUACUUUAUACAGCCAAGCGAUACAUUACGCUAACAGGAUGGUGUAUCUGCUACUUCCGCUAGAGGGUGCGGGUAGAAGAGCGGAAGCGAGAGGAGACGAUGCCGACAGAGCAAGCAACAGUAUCACUAAUAGUGUUGCCGAAUCAGAUAGUGCAGAUGCAGAAUCAGGUUUUGAAGAAGCGGAUCCCGGUGAAGCUGGCAAUAAUGUUAUUAAAAUGGUUUCUAGAUUUGUUGAUAAGGUGUGUACCGAAGGUGGUGUAACAGCGGAACAUGUGCGCUGUUUGCAUCAGAUGAUCCCCGGUGUUGUACAUAUGCACUUAGAAACAUUGGAUGCUGUCGCGAGAGAGAGCCGUCGGCUGCCUCCUGUUCAGAAGCCGCGCAUCGCUCCGCCGGCACUGGUGAACGGCGAGGCGUUGGCGGCGCCAGCUCUGCGAGCGGUGCUGGUGGCGGAUGGCCGCUCCGCCGCGCUGCUGCCGGCCGACGGCGCGCUGUUCCUCACCAACUACCGCGUGCUCUUCAAGGGCGCACCCGCCGACCCCUUCGCGUGCGAACAGACGGUGUUACGAUCGUUCCCGCUGUGCUCGCUGACGCGCGAGAAACCCAUUCGAACACAUCAUCUUCCGCACCUCGAGCAGCCACUGCAGGAGGGGCUGCAGCUACGCUCCGCGACAUUCCAACUCAUCAAGGUGGCGCUGGACGAAGAAGUGAGCAGCGAACAAACGGAGGCGUUCCGGAAGCAGCUAGCGCGGUUGCGGCACCCCCCCGCGCCGCAGUUGCACUUCGCGCUUGCGCCCCGCGCUGCUCCUCCUCCGCCGCAUCACCACACGAAGCACCACACGCUCAAGGGUUUCGCAAAGAAGACCCUACUGAAAACGGCGCGGAAAGCGGGACUGAAGCCGAAGCCGUCCAAACGACAGAAGUACGUCCUGCCGUCGGCGGACGCGCGGUCACUGACCUCGCCACCACUCAUGGGAUCACUCUCCGCCGAUACGCUCUCAUUGGAGGAGCUGGACGUGAGUGGGUGUGCGGGCGCGGAGAGUACGGAAUGUGCGGCGCGUACGCUGGAGCGCGUGCGUGAGCGUGCGUACGCGCGCGACUGGGCGCGCGUCGGCCUCGCGCGGCCGCCCUUCCGCCUCGCGCACGCCAACGCCGUCUACUCGCUCUGCAGGAGCUACCCAGCACUGAUACCGGUACCGGAGAGCAUCGGCGACGAAUCAUUGCGGCGGAUCGCGCGCUGCUACCGCCAGGGUCGGCUGCCAGUCAUCACGUGGCGCCAUCCGCGGACACACGCACUGCUGGCCAGAUCGGCAGCGCCCCAUCAUAAAGGCGUGAUGGGAAUGUUGAAAGCUAGUCACCAAACGCCUGGUACUACCCAAAGUGGUACCGAAACCACGUCCAGUUUAGAACAAGAACGGUAUGUGGCAACACUGGCGGCCUGCACGCCGGCGAGAAGAGGCUCGCUACAAGACUCCAGCCUCAGCCUCGACUCGCUGCUGCUGGCCUGCGACGACGCGCCCCAUGGGCCCCACGCGCCCCACGCGCCCCACGCGCCCCACGCACACACGCCGCUCCUCUCCAAGGCCGCCGGAACUCUCAGCGUGUUGGGUCGCAACAGUGGCGGAAAGGGCGGCGUGAACCCGGGCGGCGGCCGGCACUUCGGGCGGUGGGGCUCCCUGAAGGACCGCCGCCAGCCCUCGCACCUCGAGCUGUACGCGCCGCGGCAGAGGCUAUCAACGGCCGAUGUUGAUUCAGUGUCGGGCGAGGGCGGGUGCGGGGGCGCGCGGCGCGCGGCGCUGUACGUGGUGGGCGAGAAGGGCGCGGGGGGCGGCGCGGGGGCGGGCGCGGGCGCGGGCGCGGGGGGCGGCGCGGCGGCGGCCUGCGAGCACGUGCCCGUGGAGUACGCGGACGCGCGCCACACCAAGCACGCCUUCAAGAAGCUCAUGCGCGCCGCCGUGCCCUCCGCCGCCGCCGCGCCGGAGGAGCCCGGCUUCCUCAGAUUAAUAGAAGAGUCCGGCUGGUUGUGGCAGCUCAGGCAAUUGUUUCAACUUUCGGGUGCAGUUGUGGAUCUACUGGAUUUGCAGGGCUCAUCCGUACUACUGUCGCUCGAAGACGGCUGGGACGUCACCGCACAGAUUUCAUCGCUAGCACAAAUUUGUCUAGAACCUUACUACCGUACACUGGAAGGUUUUCGUAUCAUCGUAGAGAAGGAAUGGUUAGCUCUAGGCCACAAGUUCCAGCAGCGGUCCAACAUCGCAGCCACCCCGCAGCAGGGAUUCACGCCGACAUUCCUCAUGUUUCUUGACGCUGUUCAUCAGCUCCAGAAGCAAUUCCCACUGGCGUUUGAGUUCAACGACUACUAUUUGCGGUUCAUUGCGUACCACAGCGUGUCGUGUCGUUUCCGCACUUUCCUAUUGGACAACGAGGCGCAGCGUGCUGAGCUGGGCAUUACCGCCGCUGAUGAUAAACGCGCAGAUACCAGUCGCCUGGGCGUGGAGACAGGCGCAGGGUCCGAAGAAGAGUCCGGCGGUACGUAUGCGGGUGGAUAUUCGUCACCACGCGCGCACCACGGACAGUCACUGUUCGACUACAUCGACCGUCACCACCAGAAGUCGCCGGUCUUCUACAACUUCCUCUACACGCCCGACCUCGACAAUCCGGUGCUGCGACCGGUGACCGCCAUCCACUGCCUGGAGGUGUGGCAGUACUACGUGAGCGAGGAGCUGUGCCACGGCGCGCCCUACGACCUGGAGGUGGUGGGCAGCGAGCCGCCCCCCGCCGCCGCCCCCGCCGCCCCCGCCGCCAACACCCCCGCCGCCCCCGCGCACGCGCAGCCCCAGCGCCGCCUCAUCACCGCGGGAUACGAUAGCAUAGCGCGCAGCAUGCCGGAUGCAUUCUCCGGAUUGCUGGAGCGGAUUCGGCAGCUGGAAUUGGAGCUAGGUCAUUUACCGCAGAAAUGGCGUGUGCGUUGGGAACAAUUGGAGCUGCCAAACACACUCGAGCUGCAGCGCGCGUCGUCGAUGUCGUCGGGCGUGGUGCGGCGCGCGACGCUGGCGUGGCACAAGCGGGGCACGCUCGAGGUGCUGGUGAGGGGCCGCCUCGCAGCCGCGCCGCCCCCCGCCCCCGCGCACCGCUGGGCGCCCGCCGCCGCCGCCGCGCCCGCGCGCUGCCUGCACUGCCAGGACCUGCUGUGGGGGCCGCUCAAGACGGGCGUUCGUUGCGUGGACUGCGGCGCGGACUGCCACAAUCACACUCCACACUCCACACUACUGCCCUGCACCAAGUACAAGGCGCCGCCCGCCGCCGACCGCGACCGAGACCGCGACCGGCCCUCCGCCGCCAACAGCGUGGCGACACUACAAUCGUCGUCGCAGCAAUAUUACGAGCAGUUCUCGUCGAACGUAGCCGAGAAUCGAACCCACGAGGGUCACUUGUACAAGCGAGGUGCACUACUCAAAGGAUGGAAACAAAGAUGGUUCGUAUUGGACUCGAUAAAGCAUCAGUUGCGGUACUAUGACGCCAUGGAGGAUUCGCACUGUAAAGGAUUUAUUGACCUGGGUGAAGUAAUCACAGUGACACAGGCUCCGCCCGCGCCCGGACCGCCUAAGAAAUGUGACGACAGAUCAUUCUUUGACUUACGGACGAGUCGACGCACGUACAACUUUUGUGCGAGCGACGCGAAUGCGGCGCAAGAGUGGAUCGAGAAACUGCAAGCGUGUCUGCAGUGAACACUACACCGACACUAUAACCGACUAGGCGAGGCAGCUCACAGCUAUACGCGUAACCAUGAAACAGGGACGCCAACCCUACAAGAUGAAUGGCCUUCGCAGGGGCGGACUAAGGCCUAGGUAACCAAGGCACGUACCUAGGGCCUGUAAUUUUAGAAAUACAGUGAUGUACGAGGUUUGAAAGACAAAUUUAACAAAUACAAGAUUUUAUAUUUUAAUUUCUUUGUAGGAGGUUAAAUCUUUUGAGGUUGGCGAUAUAUAGCUUCAAAGUUUUGAACACAUAUUUGAAGAUCAUCCAACAUAUACUUGACGUUUUAUUGUAAACCAACAUAGACUAUGCACAAAAUUGUCUGCGUGGAUACCUCAGUCAAAUCUAUUUAGACCGACAAGCAACUUCCAUAGGCUUUGUUCUAGAUUUAACCGUGAGAUGUUUUAGUGAAAUUACAGCUUUUGCUAAAAACUAUACUAUUUAGCAAUGUCAAAGUGUGAAAGCUCCCACUUGACAUCAUGCCACUCUUCAGUUUUAGUCAAUACUAGACUUUUCGGUAUACACAUGUACCAUAAUUGAACUUUGACACCGGAUGCCAAAGAGCAAAUAUUUGUUCAAAUAUGAAAUGUUUGCAAUACGGCGAAUUUGUAAGCAUUUGCGUAUUCGAAGCUAUGUCUAAUGUCGACUUUACCAAUGCACUGUGACCUAAAUUCGUCCGCAAAUUGGUACAAAAUAUAUUCGUUAUAUUUAAUCUAUAAUAUAAUAUGGAUUGUUUCUUUGUUUAUAUUAUUUUGAUUGUAAUGCCAUUUGUCACGAUUUACGACUUUAUUGACUCGACUCGAUCUAUUUGGAGAUUUUAUAUAGAAUUAUUAAAUCUCUGAAUGGUUUAAUUAUAUAUUUAAGAAAUAUAAAAAUUGACCAUCUUGAAAUGCUUUGUAAAUUAUGGUGUGAUUUGUUUGUUUACGUUAUUGCCAGACGUAAGCAUUGUCAGAAAGUGUUCCUAAAUUAUACUGAAUUUUAACUAAAGUAAUUUUUAAAAUAAAUAUUAAUAACUGAGAUUAAAAAUAAACUUAUUUACUUAAUGUUCCAUUUUGAUUCAAUAUGCUUAGAAAUAAAAAAAAAUUAUGAAUUGGUGGAUCAUUUAUAAUUUAUAAAGAUGGUAUAAUUUUUGUUAAUGUCACAAAAUUAAUAACAAUUUCGCUCGGAUUUUAAAUACCUGUGAUUUAUAAAUAUAAUUUUAACCAAAAUCGAAAUAAUACACAAAACUACUAGGUAACUACGUAAACACGGCAGUUUUAACGUGUCGCUAUAGUAUAAUGACAUCUCGUUUUAGAUACUUAAAUUAUAAUUAUUUCAUAUAAUUAGAAAAUGUAUAGAACAAUAUUCUUAAAAAAAUAUUUAUAAAAUUAUAUAGGCAUUUAUGAUAGAAUAUGCCGAUUAGAUUUUGCGUGGAAAGAAAAAAUACGCGGAGUCUAUGAUUCUGUAUUCUUUUAAAUUAUAUUUUUUUUUUUACUUUUUUUUCUAAAUUUGUUUGCCGUAAAGGAAACGAUUCAGAAGUCUUUCUACUGCGACAAAAUUUUGACAAAGCUUAAAAAUAUAAAAUUGUAUGUUCUUUCAUAAUGUUAAAUGAUUAUUAUUAAAUCGGCGAUGUUUCCAUUGUACGGUACACAAGUUCAAUGCUCAUAUUUAUACAUUAGCAUAGUUCGAUGUCUAUAUAAAUAGUAUAAACAUAUUGUUACGUUACGUUAUAUGUAAAUAUUUUAUCUUAGUUAUUGUUGUGUAAAGAAUUUUGUUCCAUUAUGAAUAUUUUCGUUCGUGUAAUACGUUUUAAUUAUUUUAUAAUAUUACAAAUUAUACUGCUAUAUUACAUUAUAUGUAUACGAUAUUAGGGUUUGCACAGACGAGGGAUUCUAAGAGAUUUUUUGUCGCCGAUAUAGAAUGUGGACUUAUUUUGCAUAGCCCAGAAUGGUCUGUGAAAAUAAUAAUAGUAAAUUUGUAAUGCGCAUAGAUAAACAAAAACAAUACUUACAGUGCAAAAAAAAUUACAAAAGGCGGUCUUAUCGCUAUUAGAUCUCUUACAGAUAACCUGGUAUUGACAGAGUAUUUACAUAGAGAAAGUUCGGAUAAAAACUAUUUUUUUUCGAUAGUCCGUGCAAACUCUUAUCAAAGUAUACAUUAGGUUGAAUUAAAGGAGAUUGUACUUUUGUAAUUUACUUUCAACAUUGAUGGGUUGUUGUAUUUGUACAAACAUUUACAUAUGCAUAACAAAGCCUUUAGUAUAAACAUAUACAUAUGUUAGUGCUAAAUAUACAUUAUUUUACAAAGAUAUUAUUUUUAUCCUUGAAUCUCGUUUAUAUGGAGGAUAUUACACUAUCUGGAUUAAGAUUACUACUGACACUGUUAUUAGGGUUUAUAUUUAUGAUUAACAUUCCGGCGAUGUAA